CACCCUUUCUUUCUCUUUGCACGCUGCGCUGGUCGCUCGGGCCCUUCACUCCUAAAUCUAAUAAUAUUUUUUCUGCUGCUGAAUUUGCUGGGCAACUAAUCUUUGGGCUGCUAUCGACUGCGUGUAUAUCCUUAUUAGAACGCUAAUCGGACACCUACGAUAUACGAUAUAAGAAUAAUCUUAAUUGACGGAAUGGCAACGAACGAACAUUUUUUGUUGACGAGCCUCGCGAAAGUCGUUGGGACGGUUGAUAAUCUGGCGUAUACUGUUGAUGAGGUUAUUAAGAACGUGAAGAAAGAGAGGUUAUUUGCGAAGGUUAAUAGUGGGACGUGUACGGACGUUCUCGUCACGAAAGCACUUCAAAAACUUGACCAAAAUGAACACAUUGUCUUUGGCGACGUAAAAGGACAGCCUGGAUUCAUAGUCACGGAUCGCGGAAUUGAUGAAAUUAAACGAGCUAUGCGGGAGUAUCCUACACGAACACGACGAGCUGCGCAUUCGCCGUAUUCCUUCCGUGCGCGGGAAGUGCUUCGUCUCGGGAGCUUUCUGAAGAGGAAAUUGUUGAGGAAUGCGAGUGAUCCGGUUGACGAGACGCGGGGUAAAUAUCAGGAACGUAGUGGCGUAGGCCCUGUCAGCAUCGCGCCGGAUGAAAGCGCAAGUAUUAGCAUACCAGCUGUCCGAGUUGACGACAGCAUCGAUAGAGUUGUACCGCGUCUGUCGGCCUUCGGUCGUCUUCCCUCACAACCAUCUUCAUCGUCCGUAGCUCCAGUACCUGUGGAUCGGCCGGCAAAUACUAAGGUCGCGCCUCUCCCGAACGGGUUUCUUCAACAAAGACCAGCAUUCAAAGACGUCCUCUCAGAAUCGGGAUCUGAGGCGGAUUGCGACCCGAACUAUGCGUUCAACUACAAGGGUGAUUCGUCACUAUCGGCAUUCUGCCGACUGUCAUCUCCAGGAGUGGGCCCUGUCUGCUCGGAGUCUCCGUAUGAUGAGCACCGAACUGUACGUCCAGUGAGGAGCAGCGCGAGAAGGGAGGGAGAAAGCGAAGAUGUCGAUAUCCCUAUCGUCGUUCGCCGUAAACCAAGUAUCGACUCACAACGGACACUAGUUGGUUCCGAUGACAACGAAUACGAUGUUGCUCGGUCUAUUUCUUCCUGCGCGACUUGGGCUUCGAGAACCGGGAAGAAAGCGUACAUCGAGGUGGCAUACUCGUCAUACUCGCUGGACCAGGGUCAAAACCAUGCCCAAGUCCUCGAGACAAUUUCUACUAGCAGACCUCCAUCCCUGCCGUCAGCAGCGCGGUGUCGUUCACGCUCUGGAGGGGAUAAGACAAAUCGCCGCGGUUCGGGUGAUUCGGACCAGACGCUUGUAGCCUCCGAAGCGAAUCCUUCUCGGUGCCACCAUCACCCGUACAAACAGCCAGAGAGGGCUACUACCACUUCACGUCUUGCGAGAGUUACUCGAAGCCAGGCUCGAACGCGUACACCCUAACCCAUUCAGAUUAUUCUGGAUUUCACCUCACGUGCGACUUCGGUUCCUCCUGUAUAUGUAUAUGCUAUUAUGCUCUGUUCUCGUUCUAUGCUAUAUGCUAUUUCUUUUGUUCUUGAUGUGUCUAUGCUAUGACCUACGUCCCCC